GGUCAUGUGACUCAACGCUCGGGAGUCUGGUUUAUAACUGUCAGCUGACUCUCGUUUCUCCCAGACUCUCUUAGAAGAGUUUGUGGAAGACGGGGGACAAAUGGGGUUUAUCAGUGUCCAGCCGCUUGAGCCCGCCACAGACUGCCAGGAUUCAAAAUUCGAUGGCAUAGUUCUGGUGGCCGAAGGUUUCGACCAGCUGCCCAGUGAGCUGGAAUGUCUGAAGGGACCACUGGAGGACUACAGCUCUGUGGACGUUGGUCUCCACCAGGAGGUGGUGGUCCUGCAGGUGCCAGGCCUCCCUGGCAAACGAUUGGUCUACGCAUGCACUGGGCCGGUCAAUCGGGACUACGAUGACGUCAGAAGGUUCAGUGAUGCUGCCGGAAACGGGAUCAAAAGGGCAAUGAAAGCUGGUGUGCAGCGCCCUCUGCUGGUGUGUCCCCCUCACAGCAGCUAUGAAAAUGGACCCCUGGUUGCCGCCCUUGGGGCUCUGCAUGCGCUGUACAUGCCCAUUGAGAUUCGGGAAGCUGCGCAGAAGAGCUCCCCACACAAGGUGGAAGUGUUGGGCAUCUGGGCGAAGGCGGAAGGAGAGGCGAAGAAGCUUGUUGAUCAGGCCAAAGCCCUGGAGGCCGGCAGGCUGGUGUGCCGGGACAUCGGGGGGUCCGACCCCGAGCGCAUGGCUCCCCCCCGCGUGGUCGAAUACGUGCAGGCCCUGUUUCAGGGCACCCUGGUGACGGUCAGCGUCGAGAGUGCCCUCAACACCCUGGAGAAGGAGUACCCCUGUCUGGCUGCCGUCAACCGCUGUGCCAGCGCUGUACCUCGUCACCAGGGCAGGGUCAUCAAGCUGGAGUACGUGGGGGAGGAGCCCAUCGAACGCACGCUGAUGCUGGUGGGAAAGGGCAUCACCUACGACACGGGCGGAGCGGACAUCAAGGCCGGCGGCGUCAUGGCUGGGAUGCACCGGGACAAGUGUGGCGCUGCGGCUGUGGCAGGCUUCUUCCAGGUCCUUGCUGAACUGGAACCCAAGAAUCUUAAAGUCAUGGGCGCCAUGGGGAUGGUCCGGAACAGCGUGGGGUCAGACUGCUACGUGGCGGAUGAGCUGGUGGUGUCGAGGGCGGGGCGACGGGUGCGUGUGGGGAACACGGACGCAGAGGGGCGCAUGGUGAUGACCGACCUGUUGUGCGAGAUGAGGGAGAAGGCGAAGUAUGAGAAGUCUCCUCACCUCUUUACCAUCGCCACGCUGACUGGACACGCCAUCCGUGCCAUGGGCCCAAAUUACUCUAUCAUCAUGGACAAUGGACCGGCUCGCAGUGCAGACACCGCCCUGAAGUGGCAGAAGGCCGGGGCGAAGCUGGGCGAUAUGUUCGAGGUGUCCACGAUUCGCCGCGAGGACUACGAGUUUCACCGCGGUAAAUCCGAGUACGAGGAGAUCCUGCAGAGCAACAACCUGCCGUCCAGUGGAACCCCGCGAGGGCACCAGGCCCCGGCGGCGUUCAUCAUCAUGUCUUCUGGGCUGGACAAGCAUGGUGUGGACUCUGAUGAGCCCCUGCCCUUCUCCCACAUUGACAUCGCUGGUUCCUCCGGGCCUUUCCCUGGAGUGCCCACUGGGGCUCCCAUCCUCGCCAUGGCCUCCCGCUACGUCCUGUGAGGCCCUCCUGCUCCCUCCACCGUCUAACAAAAAAAUAAAAAUGGUGUUGGAUGUGGAUGAGGAUGGGGGGGGGGAUAUAUUGGCAAGACAGAAAUAAAAGCUUGUGCGUAUGAAUGUGAUCCUUUUAUUAGGGCUGCUCCUUCCAGCUUACACAGAAUUGUGGAAAAUGUCAUGUUUCACAUGUAAUGUCUGUGUAUGAAAGUUUUUUCUAAAAGAAAUAAAUGACCAGCAUUUGC